CAUGGCCGCCUCCGUGGCCUGUGGCGGUGUGAGUGCUGGGUUCCUGCGAGCCGCGCGGGGCGCCUGGAGGAGCAGACCGGGGGGCUUUUCUGGGUCCGGGGAGGCGUCGGCGACCACGAGGAGGUUCUGGGCGACAGGGUGAACGUGGUGUUCGUAGACCGGUCAGGCCAACGGAUCCCAGUGAGCGGCAGAGUCGGGGACAAUGUCCUGCACCUCGCCCAGCGCCACGGGGUAGACCUGGAAGCCCAGGGAGAUGAGCCAGGUGGGAAGACAAAAUGGCUGUGCUUUGGCCAAGCUGCAAGAAAUGAGCUGCCCCCCACCCCCCCUCUCAGGGGCCUGCGAAGCCUCCCUGGCCUGCUCCACCUGCCACGUGUACGUGAGCGAGGAGCACCUAGACCUCCUGCCUGCGCCGGAUGAGAGGAGAACUCGCGGCUGGGCUGCCAGAUCCUCCUCACCCCGGAGCUGGACGGCGCCGAGUUCACGUUGCCCAAGAUCACACGGAACUUCUACGUGGACGGCCACGUGCCCAAGCCCCACUGACGGGCAGCCGGACGGGGCGCCCGCCCCCGGGCCGGACUAGCGCGGCCGGGCGCCGCGGAGCGCAGGGGCGCCCCCAGAAGGUCGCAAGGUCCUCCGCCGCCCCCCCACCCCCCCACCCCCGCUUUCUUGCCGCGCCCCAUUGGGUCGGGGACCCUCAUGGGGCCCCCCUUUAGGCACCCCCUCUGCUGAGAACCGGGGCUGGGGGAAAAGGCGGAACUGAACCGAGGACAAUAAAACUGUCUAAAGCCUCCAGCAUUUUGAGUGAUCUUGAUGGGGGCCCGCCAGUCCCCCGCCUUUUUUUUUUCCCCAGCCGCAUCAUUUUUUUUGUUGUUGGUGGGGGAGGCUGGGCCACACCCGGCGGUGCUCAGGGAUCACUCCUGGCGGUGCUCCGGGAGACCCUAUGGGAUGCCGAGGGUCGGGCCCCAUGGGCCGCGUGCAAGGCCAGCGCCCUCCCCUCUAUCCUUUCGCUCCGGCCCCCCAACUACUUCUAGGGCACUCGCCAACUCUCCCCGCCACGCCCAGGCACGGCGUGCUGGGCCGUCAAUGGUCUGCGGCAGCGUCCAGGACCCCCCCUCUUCCGGCAGGGGAGAACCCACGUGGGCGAGCGUGGCCAGGCCCCGCCCCGCAGGCAGCGCGGAGGGAUCCGAAGGGAUCCAGAGGGAUCCUCCUCGGGGGGUGCGCGGGGCUCACCUGGGUGUGCACGCCGAAAAGGGCAGGGCCGGGGGCUCGGGGCUGGUGCCCGGGCCCCGCCCCGUGCAGCGGAGGCCGCAGCGCCCCCACCCACCCGCGCAUCCACCCACCCAGGUGCGUCUCAUCUCCUCGGGUGCACCGGGGGGUGGGGCCGGGUCCGGGAGAGAUCGGGGCUGUGUGGGGGCUGCGUGGAGGCGCGAUGGAGGCACAGCCAGGCCCGGGCUUCGUGCUGCGAGAUCCACAGGCGUCUCCGUGUCUGGGCCCUGACACGCGCCCGGAACGCUCAGCCCAGCCGAUCCCGAGGACCCCAGGACGACUGGGACUCAGCGGCAGGUCCUGGCCAGCCCGCGAGGAUGCCGUGGCAGCGCUGUGCUUCUUGCACGAAGCAGCAGAGGGGCUGUGUGGUACACCCCCCACACUGGGGUCCUGCUGGGAGCCCCUGCAGGCGCUGGGGACUCUGGAAUCCCCACCGGUCAUAGGGGAUGCCAGGAGCGUGCUGACCACGACCUGCCAGCAGAGCCACCACUACCACCUGGGGUUCCCAGGAGCGCUGGCACCUGCCUCCCCAAGGCCCCGAAAGCAGCCUCACCCCCAGAAGGGCUUGGAGCCGGAGGACCCCCAGUUUCAGGGCGUGACCCUGAAGUUUGAGAUCAAGCCUGACGCCAGCCUACAUAUCGUGCCCAGCUACAGCCUGGCCUUCAGCAGCGGCUCCAGCUCUCAGAGUCCCCCCGAGGAGCCCCCCAAGAGCCCCGAGGCCAGUCUAAGAGGCAGCGAGGCCCUGGAAACCCGGCGCUGUGCAUCCUGCCGAACCCAGCGGACCCCUCUCUGGAGAGAUGCGGAGGAUGGAACCCCACUUUGCAACGCCUGUGGCAUCAGGUACAAGAAAUACGGCACCCGCUGUGCCAGCUGCUGGCUGGUACCCCGGAAAAGCGUGCAACCCAAGCGGCUCUGCGGCAGAUGCGGAACAACCCUGGGCUCCCCCACAGACCCCGCGCAGGACUAAGCCCAGCCCGAAGCCCUGCCUCAGUUUCUCCUCCAGGAAGCAUAGGACCAGAGAGCGGUGAGGGGUCCGGUCUGCUUUCUCUCUGCCCAAUGGAGAAGCCCUGAGCCCCCUUCUCCACCAGCCUAUGCUCCUCUCCUUGGUUUCCGCUCCUUAGGGGCGCCUGAGCCCCCCAGCCAUCCUCACUGUUCCCCCAUGGUAAUAAAGAGCACUGUGCGCAGAGCAGGGACGCUGUGUGCUUGGGGACUGCCCCGUAAUCCUCCCUGCCUGCUCCCCGAGGUCCUGAGGGACACAUGGAGAUUACGGGGAGCUGGAGGCCCCCUGAUCCCACGGGGAGAGUCCCCCCCAUAGCACCCACACACAUAUGAGCACAUGUCCCAACAAACGUUUCUAGAUGUACGUACACAGACCCGCAGCACCAAGGCAGCCACACGUGUGAACAUCCUCCCAUCAGCCCACCAGCCCCUCACUAUGCUCCCUCUUUCACACUAACCCACCCCAUAGCGGGUCC